AUGACCAACAUGAGCUGGAGUUUCCUGACGCGGCUGCUGGAAGAGAUCCACCACCACUCCACGUUUGUGGGCAAGGUGUGGCUCACGGUGCUGGUGGUCUUCCGCAUCGUGCUCACCGCCGUGGGCGGCGAGUCCAUCUACUCCGAUGAGCAGACCAAGUUCACGUGCAACACGCGGCAGCCAGGCUGCGACAACGUCUGCUACGACGCCUUCGCACCCCUGUCCCACGUGCGCUUCUGGGUCUUCCAGAUUGUGGUCAUCUCCACGCCCUCCGUCAUGUACCUGGGCUACGCUGUGCACCGCCUGGCCCGCGCCUCCCAGGAUGAGCGCCGCCGCGCCUCUCGCCGCCGCCCCGGCCGCCGCGCGCCCCGCGCUCCCCUGCCGUUGCCCCCGCCGCCCCACCCGGGCUGGCCCGAGCCCGCCGACCUGGGCGAGGAGGAACCCAUGCUGGGUCUGGGUGAAGAGGACGAAGACCCGGGAGUGGCCGAGGGCCUGGGUGAAGAUGACGAGGCUGAGGACACGGGGGCGGCCAAGGGCGCAGGAGGGGACACGAAGGUGCCUGGGGUCCCGGGUCCCGCGGGGCAGCAUGACGGGCGGCGGCGCAUCCAGCGCGAGGGCCUGAUGCGCGUGUACGUCGCCCAGCUGGUGGCGCGGGCCGCCUUCGAGGUGGCCUUCCUGGUGGGCCAGUACCUUCUGUAUGGUUUCGAGGUGCGGCCCUUCUUCGCGUGUAGCCGCCAGCCCUGUCCCCACGUGGUUGACUGCUUCGUGUCGCGGCCCACCGAGAAGACGGUCUUCCUGCUGGUCAUGUACGUGGUCAGCUGCCUCUGUCUGCUGCUCAACCUCUGUGAGAUGGCGCACCUGGGCCUCGGCAGCGCGCAGGACGCUGUGCGCGGCCGCCGCCCACUGCCCACCUCCCCCGGCCCCAUGCCCCGGCCGCCGCCGUGCGCUCUGCCCGCUGCACCUUCAGGCCUGGCCUGCCCGCCUGACUAUAGCCUGGUGGUUCGCACGGCUGAGCGUGCACGCGCCCAGGACCAGGACCUGGCCAGCCUGGCCCUGCAGGCGCUGCAGGACCGGCGGGCACUCGGGGACCUUGACAGUCCACCUGGCCCGGGCCUCCCAGCGAAUGCCCGGGGGCCUCCGAAGGCUGGCGCCCCUGCGUCAGGGUCUGGCAGCGCCACGUCAGGGGGCACCGUGGGGGGCCAGGGUCGGCAGGGGAUCAAACCCAGGAUGGGCUCAGAGAAAGGCAGCGGGAGCAGCAGCAGGGAGGGCAAGACCACCGUGUGGAUCUGA